AUGCCUACACUGCGUAAUCGCAAAGCUGUACCUUCUGCCGUUGAACAUUCAGCGUCAGCCGUGAAAAGUACUAGAGACGCGACGAAGCGGUCGCGAACUAUGGACUCCAAUGUUGACGACGACGGUGAAGAGAGCCCACCGAAGAAGAAGAAGAGAAAGGUGCCCAAGAAGUCGGUAGCGAAGGCAAAAACUGUGGAGAAUUCUCUGGGUGGCCUCCCAGUAGAGAUAUGGGCAUUUGAGAUCUGCACAGAUUUAGAACCAAAGGAUUUAUGGCACUUAUCUUGCACUUCAAAGCAUUUUCGACGUAUUCUGAAGAGCUCGGACUUAGCGCCGACUCUUUGGAAAGCUUCGAGGGCGUUAAUCGGAAUGCCAGAUUGUCCAUCAGAUUUAACAGAUAUCCAGUAUACGAACUUGGCAUUUGGUGAGAGUUGUCAGUACUGUCAAAAAUUCGUAAUGGUUGAGGGCCCCGGUCAGGUCUCAAUGGAUCCGCGAGUACAGAAAAAAUGCCCGAAGAUACUGGUCCCGUACCUGCCCAGCGUUCUCUUGUCUUACACAAACUAUGUUGCAACAGGGGAAACUUGGAAGAGAGAAUGUGCCGCGGCGGAAAAUCAGGCGAAAUGGAUGAAGGAAAAAAUUGAAGAAUUGAAAUAUAUAGAAGAGCAUAGCACCAUAUACAAAGAUUGGGACGCGAAACAAAGGCAUAAUAAUUUGUUUCGUCGUCGCCUGGCAAGGGUCAUCGCCCAAAUCAAAUCGCUAGGAUGGACAUCCGAGCUCUCUAAGAUGAGCAGAGAAAAUUACCAAAAUUUUCUCAAAUCACCCCGAAUUGUUGAUGCAUGCAAAAAUAACUCAAUGACUGAUACUAUGCUAAAUGACAUGGGAGCGUUUAUCAAUACAUCGAUGACCCAGUACCGCACGCUAAGACUGUGCGCCGAUCGCAAGGCUUUACUGGGAAACCGACUGCCAAUAUUAUCCGAGGUCACCAAAGAAUGUGCGGCGCGAUAUCCAGUGGACACUCCGACUCCUUCUGCAGCGGAAUUGUUGAAGGUACAGCUGGUGCGAGACCUAAUAGACGACACAUCAUUGGAACCUUUCACUUCGGCGCACCUCGAUCCCCUGCGCCUCAACUACGCAGAAAUCUCCCUGGAUUGGCGGACUCGCACGGAAGGGAAGCUUGUCAGCAUGAUCAAAUCGGCUUGUGGCACCGAGUAUAAGUUUGACGAAAGCAGCGUGCUUCGACUGGCGACAACCAUUUUCUCAUGCACAAAGUGCAAAGACAGCCACAGUGUAACCAAAGAUAAUUUCUGGUAUCCCCAAGUCCUGGCUCAUUACCAUUCUAUUCCAUUUGAUCAAAAUCGUCGCGCCGAAGAGGAUCUUGUCGAAUUGGAACGUCGAUCACUUGAGAUUCGUACUGGGAGCACGUUUUGGAACGACGACAACGAUAUAUUUUUUAACAAAGAUUAUAUGCAAGCCAUGGCGGACAUUCUCGAGCAUUUUGGAUUUGAUCCGGCGGUGACUACCUCUGAGGAAAUGGACGCAGCUGAUCCAAUAUUCGAAUGCGUAUUUUGCAACUGCUCGCACAGAGGACGCUACGUUUUAAGGUGGAACAUGUUGGCACGACAUCAAUGGGGACACAAGCGCCACUUUAGGACUGGUAAAAUGCCGCUCACAUAUGAACUGCUGAGUGGGAACGACGAGAUCGCAGCGAAGAGAAAAAUAGGGAGCAGUACCAUGAUUGCCGAACACGCCUGGCAGGAGCAUGGCAUUGCCGAGCUCGCCGAUUCUGACAUGUUGCCUUCUCCCGCAGCAAAGACAAUCAACCACAGUAGAAUGUGGCCACCUCAAAAAAUUAAUUAUGCCGUAUCACGUUGGGCUCCAACAGUUUAG